AUGACAGAUACCUCCUCCUCCCUCGCCAUCACGCACGCCACUACGGAUCCGUUUGCGGUCCGCGCUCGCGCUCCUCUCAGCUUUCCCUCUCCUGGCGAUGCCUCUGACUUGGUCACACCUGACGAAGAGGACUACACCAUCAAAUGCGUCUGCGAGUAUCUGGAUGAUGAUGGAAGCACGGUCUUCUGCGAGCGUUGCGAGACGUGGCAGCAUAUUUUAUGCUACUACUACACUGACGACCUGGUGCCAGAGGUGCAUAAAUGCGUCGAGUGCGAGCCGCGCGAUGUAGACGGUCGUGACGCCACUGAACGUCAGCGGGCUGAGAGGAAGAAGACUCGAGCAAAGGCUCAAAAGAAGAAGAGGGAUGAUAAUUCACUCGAACCGCGUCAUGAACGAACCGACUCGGUAGCUCGAGAACACCCACCCAAGAAACCCAAGAUUUCCCAUCGCGUAUCUACCUCGAUUAGCGGGCCUUCGGGUCUUCCUUCCCUCCAACCAGAUGGCCGUAAACAGCGACGCUCCUCUACCUCCGUUGCGCCGAGUCCUACAAAACCCUCGGGGCCUGUCAUACCCCUCUAUUCCCCUGAAUUUUUACACCUUUAUGACCGAGAUGAAGAACACGAAAAUAUGGAUAGUAACCUAUUUGUUAACAUGAACCUGGUCAACGAUAUGGCUAACUGGGUCAAGAACCCAGAGGCUUUGGCACAAGUCACGGGGCGCUCAAUUGCGGAGACCUUCAACUGGUUCUACAAUGUCAUGGAUCGUUCUGACUGGCCCUCCUUGGCCACGGAUACCAUUACAGAUCAAACGGUCGAAAUUGGCGGUCGCCAUCCGACAUGGAAAAUCGUAAAAACCCAGGAUGCGGUGCGCAAGGACACAAUAGUCGGGGAGAUGAUCGGCAAAGUCGGUCUCUUUGACGACUACUGCCGGGAUCCUAACAAUCGAUGGUCGGAGUUGCGGCAUCCGGAACCUAUGGUUUUCUUCAGCUCACAUCUCCCUGUUUACAUUGACAGUCGUUCUGAAGGCAGUCUACUUCGUUAUACCCGUCGGUCCUGUCGACCCAAUGUUACCAUGAAAAUAUUCCUCACUAAUGAAGUUGAGUAUCAUUUCUGUUUCGUUGCUAAGGAGGACAUACCUGCGAAUACUGAGAUCACCGUGAUGUGGUACCUGGACUCCAAGUCAUCAAAUGGGUUGGUCAAACUCGAGUCCGGCGAUAGCGAAGCCGCCGCUAUCAGUAUCAGCAAUACGCUCGCCACUUUUGGUGGCUGUGCGUGUGAGGGUCCGCAGAACUGCUUACUUGCCAGCUUGGACCGCCGGCGCCCUCCCAAGUCACUUGACUUUAGCAUGAAGCAACCCACCAAGAAGCAAAAGAAGGUCAAAACCAAGCCCCCCACAUCCCCUGUCAUUCGUGCCGGUAGUGAGACCAAUAAAAAUCAUGACGACGAUGAUGCUGGGGAUAGUAUGUCUGCUUCUGGCUCCGCCCCUGGGCAGGCGAGUCCCUCAUAUUCAUCACUGUCACUGUCUAGUCGUGAACGGCGCAAGCUUGUCGAGGUGGAAAAACAGUUUUCGCAGCUAGAGGACAAGCGUACAACAAAGAGGAAGAAACGCGCGAGUGGUUCGGCGGCCCCACCUACGCUGGUUACCAGUUCCACCCAAACCGGUUCAGUUUCGCGUAUCUCUGGCAAAAAAUUACGUCUGGACACCUCUGCCAGUCAGUCUCGAUCGCCUACUGCAUGUCUGUCACCUCGGUCUCUACCUGGUGGCCGACAAGCUUCCCCUCGAAACGUCUCUGGAUCUGGCCACCGUACUAAGCUGAGCCGUCCCACAUUUGUAGAUGCCUCGACCCAAGUCGAUAUGGAGGAACUAUCACAGCCACGCAUUGGUGCUCAAUUUAUCCCGACGACCAUACGACUCUUGGGUCGCUUCAAGGUGGACCGUCGGCGAUCAAUGGAGAGUGCCCGGCAGCAGCUGUCCUCGGCUGGGUCCGACAGUGUGGUCAGAUCUUCCUCCCCAUUGAUCCAAUCCCCAAUGGUCUCGAGCGAUAUGGCGGAUGCACCCGAAAACUGUUCGACUCAUCCCAUAAUUGACUCUGUGGAUUCUGAGAUGCCGAAUGUGGAGAACGGUCUGGACCCGAGCAGGCCAAUAAUGCCGCCGCCGUGGCCGUCCACCGCUGCCCAUAACACCCGUAUUCCUCUCUCUUUUGUAUCCGGUCUUAGCAAUAUGCGCAUGUCUAUGCCUCCUCCCACCAGCACCAGCGCUCUCUCCCCCGCUGUGAGUCCUGGAUCCGUCAGCUUCGCAUCUCCUCCCAAUGCCGACACCUCACCGCGAGCCCUUGUGCCGCCACCUAUCUCGAGUGCGCCUACUCCUACUCCUACCAAGAAAAAGCUCAGUCUUGGUGACUAUUUAAGUCGACGAGCCGACCAGACUCAAGCACCCAAGGGACCCUUGACCCCAGGUCCGGGUACGACAGUUAAUGCAGACAUUGCGCAGACUCACACUCCCAAACCGUCUCCUGAAAGCAAGGCUGACAUCCUGGUAGGGCGUGAUGUGUUAAUGGAAGACGCCCCGGAGUCGAUCUCAUCCCAAUUCCACUCUAUCCCUUCAUGA